UGUUGUGGUGUGAUAUGUGUAGUUACUUGUAAUAACCUCUAGAGCAUGCUGGACACUUAUUUAGUGCUUGCUGACCUGAAUGUGUGCUUUCAUAUCAACAGUCUAAAGCAGUAAUCUCCAAUCCAAAGAAUUAGUUGGAAUCAUUUGUUUAUUAGAUAUUUCCUAUUUAUACUGUAUGGAUAUAAAACCCAUCCUUUAUUCCCUUCUGUUGUAGCCUUUUCCCCACGCUGAAAGUUGUCGCUGAAUUUGAGUCUGUCUUGCUUUAUGAUAGUCACAUGUCCCUACCUUUACAAGAAGUUAGUCAGUAUUCUGAGUGAGGGCUUUAAAGCAAAUGUUAAUUUGACUGUGUACUUUAUCUACAGGAUUGGUGUCCCGUCAACAGGAUGGUUGAGCUAACGUAGGCUAAUAUGAUUAGCAUGAGGUUGUAAGAAACAAAAACAAAUCACAGGACGUAUCUGAUAUUCUUGCUAAUCUAACUGCACUGUCCAAUUUGCAGUAGCUAUAUUACAGUGAAGGAAUACCAUGCUAUUUGAGGAGAGUGCACAAUUAUGAACUUGAAAAUGUAUGAAUUAACCGAUUAGGCACAUUUGGGCAGUCUUGAUAAAACAUUUUUAAUAGAUAUGCAAUAGUUCAUUGGAUCACUUUAAAACUUUGCACAUACACUGCUGUCAUCUAGUGGCCAAAGUCUAAAUUGCACCUGGGCUAGAAUAAUUCAUUUUGGCCUUUCUCUUGCAUUUCAAAGAUGAUGGUACAAAAAAAAACGGUUGUUUUUGUCUUUCACCAGAUCUAAUGUGUUAUAUUCUCCUACAUUAAUUUCACAUUAACACAAACUUCAAAGUGUUUCCUUUCAAAUGGUAUCAAGAAUAAACAUAUCCUUGCUUCAGAUCCUGAGCUACAGGCAGUUAGAUUAGGGUAUGUACUAAUUUUGGCAUUUGAUCUCGUAACAGGGGUGGGCAAUUCCAAUCCAUGAGGGCCUGACUGGUGUCACAGUUUUGCCCCCGCUCACACACCUGACUCCAAUAAUAACCUAAUCAUGAUCUUCAGUUUAGAAUGCAAUUUGAUGAAUCAGCUGUGUUUGCUAGGGAUGGAGAAAAAGUGUGACAUCAAUCAGGCCCUCGAGGGCUGGAGUUGCCCACCCUUGCAGAAUUCACUCUUCUUUUCCCACUCACGUGUUUGACAACAGCUGAUAAUUAGCUAAAUUGAAGCGCUGUACCAACAUGUACAAAUGACGGAGUCAAUGCAAUCGUGCAUUAGAUGACGCAUUCAGAGUACUGCGUUUAUGUGCUAACCGGAACGAAGAAACUCGGAAAUGUCAGACUUGCUUACUGGUUGUAGUUAUAUACGUGUCGCAUUCAACGAAUCAGCAAGUCGGACAUUCCAGAGUUUCCUAGUUCCGACUAGCAUGUGAACGCUGCAUACUUUCACAUACUAUAAAACAUAUUUUUUUGCAUACUAUUUAGUAUGCUAAUAUGGGUAUUCUGAUACUGCCUCUUUCUCUCACACACUGAGCACGAGCACAGUCAUCUCCAUUAUGACCACAGCUUCCUCUGACCAGCAGAGCACCUGUCCUGUUCCAUCUGCACAGAGAUCUACGCUGAGCCUGUGUCUCGGAACUGUCUGCCUAGCACACCUUGGAGAUGCCUCCGAGACAGCCGGAAUGCCGGACACCAGCUCUGGUCAGAGCCAGAAACUUCCAGAUCAACAGACUGAUCAGGAAUGUGGCCUACCAGCUGAAACUGGAGGAAGAUCCUAAAAGAUAGAGUGCCACAGCCGAGAGAGGAAAACGGCAGAGAAGAUGAACGUGGUGAACAUGGAGAGGCUCGGAAGACGGACAGUAAUCUGAUCUCUGGGAUCUGCAGAGAUGGGAGAGACGACAGAGGACACACAUUCCAACCUAGAAGAGAAGAACAUAAGGAUCUGGAAAAAAAGAGGAAGAGAACACGCUGCUUACUUGAGAGACUUAUUGUUAGCUAGGAGGAAGACAUGGACGGUUCAACGCUGACACAGAGGAGGGCUGAGUGUCAGUUGAAGGAAAGGGAGAUCCAGACAGACUACAUGAUGGAGCUGGGAGCCAGGUUGGCUCUGGUGAGGCAGAUCCAGAGGGAGCAGGAGAAGGAGAUGAAGAGGAUUUGGUUUGAGACGAGGAAAAUGCCAAGCCUGAUUGAGGAGAAUGUGAGAGAUGUGACCAACCGUCCACUCACUGAGUUCAUGGCUCCCUGUAUUGACUCCCUCCCACCACUGGCUUUCACCAAUCGGAGGCCUAUACCAACCAUGUUACAUCCCCCCUCUCCAUUGGCCAUACGCACUCAGGAUACACAGCGGUUCAUUGUAUUUUCCUACUUUGUCCCUGCUGAGUGCCCAGUUUCCACAGAGGCCACUGCAGAUGUAUCUGCUGGUAAAAGAGAGGACUUGUCGACAGAUACACAUCUAUCCUCAAUGCUGCAUCGAUACCUGCCACACUUCUUUAACGAUGACUCCAUUCCACCACAGCAGACAGUAGAAGGAACCACUGAGGACUCAGAUGCUCCAGUGGCAAUAUCUAAUAUCAAGGAAGAGGACAGAUUCUAUCCGUUCUCCCUCCCACCACUGGCUCAGCGGCUCAUUGGCAAUUCAUUCAAUGUCCCGGAAACCUCCCAGCCUGCUGUUUCAGCCACGGAGUGCCGAGUUACCACAGUGGACACUGCAGGUACAGCAACUGUCAAGAGAGAGAACCGAUGGGCAGCUAGAAUUCUUCCUUCAGUGCUGCCUCCAUGCCUGCCACCAGUAGUUGACAAUGACUUCAUGCCUCUAGAGCACACAGUAGAGGAUGCCUAUGAGGUCUCAUUUGCUACAGAGGCCACUUCAGGCAGAGCUACUGUUGAUGGAGUGGACAGAUCAGCAGCUAAAUGCCCUGUCCCAAUGCUGCCUCCAGGUCUGCCACGUGUCUUUGAAAUUGACUACAAACUGCCAGGGGCGGCAGUAGAGGGAACCAACAAGUGUCCAGUUGCCAGUGAAACAACCAAUGAUGUGUUCACUCACCUCAAAGAGGACAUGGCAGCUGAUCAAAGCCCUCCUGACCCUGCAGCACUGCCUCCAAGCUCGCCAUGUAUCUGUGACUCUGACCACAAACUGACCAAGGAGGAAAAAGAGGAUGUACCCGAGUUCUCCCUUGCCACAGAGAUCACUGUAGGCACAUCCAUUGUCCAGGGAGAGGACCUGGAUAAAAGCCCUGCUCCAAGGCUGCCUCCAAGCUUGUCACACGUUUUGGACAAUGACCAUAAGCAGCCAGAGGAGACGAUAGAGGGCGUCACUGAGUGCUCAGAGGCAUCAGUUGCUCAUAGAGAGGAUCCAUCUGCAGCUACAGGUCUUCCCUCAGUGCUGCCUUCAAGCCUGCAACUUGUCUUUGACAAUGACUACAAACUGCCAGAGGAGGCAGUAGAGGGCACCUGCAAGUGUCCAGUUGCCAGUGAAGCAGCCGCUUCCGUGUCUACUGUCCUCCAAGAGGAGUUUUUGGCUGAUGAAAGUCCUCUUGCACCCACAGCACUGUCUCUAAGGCUGCCCUGCACCCACAACAUUGACCACAAACAGCCAGAGGAGACAGUUGAGAACACCACACAGUGCUCAGUUGACAUAGAGGAAAGUGCAGUUGCAUCCACUGUCAAGAGAGAGGAAAUGAUGGGUGAUAAAAGCCCUGUCCAUGCACUUCCUCCAAGCCUGGCAUGCAUCCAUGACAAGGACCACAAGCAACCAGAUCAGAAAGGGAGGGGCACUACUGAGGAGGUGGAUAUCUGCCCUCAUGCUCACCAGCUGGUCCCAGAUGCUAAAUUAACUCUGGCAACCUGCAAUGAGCUGCCCACCCCUCUGACCUGCGUGGUCACUAAGAUGCCUGUUAGAGUUGGAGCCUCCAUAUGCAGGUCAGAGGAACCCAGGCCCUGGAUCCUGGAAGAGGAAAAGGAUUAUUGGAUAGGCAUUGAAAUUGAGAGUGAAGAGAGGAGCGUCACUGAGGAGGUGAGCCCGAGGGAGGGAUUGAAGAGUGAGGCGGAUUGUGCCCAUUCCAAGUGCUCCAAUGGGACGGUUUCAUCAGAGAGAGCAGAGGCCAUCCUGGGAAGAGUGGGCUUUCUGCUCAUGAACCACAUGCAGAAAAUCCCGUUCCUGAAGAUGGAGGAAAAAGAGAAAAAUAAGAAACUGAAUAAGAAGUUGAAAGAUAAAGAGAGAAAGGAGAUGAAACACAAGGAGGAGGAGCAAAAAAAGAGGGAGAAGAAAGAGAUGAAGGAGAGAGAGAAAGAGCAGAAGAAAGUCAUGAAGGCUGAGAAAAAGAGGGAGAAGGAAAGAAAAGAGAAGGAAAAGGCAGAGAAAAAGAGGUUAGAGGGGCUGAUGAAGAUACAUAAUGACAUGAUGAAAGACAGGAUUAAGAAAGAGAAGAAGUGUUCUGAGGAGCUGAAAAAGAGAGAGAAAGCUCAAGCUGCAUUCUUGGAGAUGGAGAGAAAGAUUCAAGAAAAGGAAGAGAAGAGAGAAAAGAUGAGGAGAGAGGAGAGGAAGAGACUGGAGAAGAAGAGGAAGAGGGAGCCAGCUGGAGGUGGAACUGAGACGGUGAUAGAAGAGCAGGGAAGGGAUGAAAGCUUGAAGAUGGAUGAGUAGACUGGGUAAUAGAGAGUAGGGAGGGAGAGAUAUUGUAUUUUUGCAUGCAAUGAAAAAGAAAGCAUUUAAAAAUAAAAUUAAAAAUAUUA